GUGCCUCCUGAAGCUAAUAAGCUUGCGAAACAUCCUGACGAAUCCCCGGAUAAUACUAAACGUGAUAGUGGUGUUUCGGAGGGUGAGAAGGAGUUGGAAGAAAAUAAGCAAAAGGAGUUGAAAGGAGAGUCGGGUGACAGAUCAAAAGGUCAAAGUCGUGGGAAUGAAAGUCAACCAGAACCUGCUGUAUCUCAUUCUCGUACUGUACAAGAUGUAAGUAUAAAAAAGCCUAGUCAGUUGACAGAGCAAACAGAGAAUACUCAGAAGCAGCCAGUAUCCAGUAGGUCAGGUGAGAGGAGAACUGAGGGGCAACAAGAACAGAUAAAGGGAACCACACACGGUCCUCAACAAGAUAAUCACAAUACAGAACCAAAUACCACAGGUACAACAAGUACUGACUCCCACGUUACUGCUGACUCAAAACCACAUCCUACUACAGAUGCAUCACCUAGUGAAACAACUCAAUCUGGUCUAUCUACUGAUGAUUCAAACACACUAAAUAACACGAGCACAGAGCCCAACAGUACCACUGAUAAUGUGACAACUAUAGAGAAUGAAUCAACAACUGGUGUCAACACUGUGGGUGCAUCAGCAGAAGGGAAC